CUACGGCCCGGACUCCCUUUCCCUUGGUGCCGUGCGCGGUGGUGCCCGGCCGCCGGCGCCUCCCUCGUGUCGGGGCGCGGAUGACGCUGGCGGCGGGGUGCUGCCAGGCCGAGUCGGGCCCGCGCUGCGGGGGGCUCCGGCAGCGGCGACCCCGCAGGCCGGCCAGUGAGCCGAGCCGUCCCUCUCCUCUUCCGCGGGCCUGGGCUCCCCUGGAGGCUCCAGUCGGAGUCUGGGCCCCGCUGGCCUUCGUCACCCUCCUCAGCUUCGCCUCCCGCUUCUACCGCCUGUCCGAGCCGCCGCACGUCUGUUGGGAUGAAACUCAUUUUGGGAAGAUGGGAAGUUACUACAUUAACCGGACCUUCUUCUUUGACGUCCACCCACCUCUGGGGAAGGUGAACAGCUCUCAUCAGAUGCUGAUAGGACUUGCUGGGUACCUGAGCGGAUACAAUGGCACGUUUCCUUUCCAAAAGCCAGGGGACAGAUAUGAGCAUCAUAACUACAUAGGAAUGAGAGGGUUCUGUGCAUUUCUAGGCUCGUGCCUAGUUCCCUUCGCCUACCUCACAGUGCUGGAGCUGUCCAAGUCACUGUCUGCAGCAUUACUUGCAGCCUCCAUCCUGAUUUUUGAUACAGGCUGCAUUACUCUGUCCCAGUACAUCCUGCUUGACCCCAUUCUGAUGUUCUUUCUUAUGGGAGCUGUGCUGAGUAUGGUCAAGUAUAACUCCUGUGCAGAUAGGCCGUUUUCUGCCUCCUGGUGGUUCUGGCUGAGUCUGACUGGGAUCAACCUCGCUGGAGCGAUAGGGGUGAAGUUUGUUGGCCUCUUUGUAGUCCUAUUGGUUGGACUGAACACAGUUUAUGAUCUUUGGGAGUUGCUGGGGGACAUCAGCCUGUCACUGGUCACACUAGGGAAACACUUGCUGGCUCGUGUAUUCUGCCUCAUCCUGCUGCCACUCGCGCUCUACACAGCUCAGUUUGCUGUUCACUUUGCAGUGUUAAAUAAAAGUGGGCCCGGGGAUGGUUUUUUCAGCUCUGCCUUUCAGUCCCGACUGAUUGGGAACAAUCUUCACAAUGUCUCCGUUCCAGAGCACCUGGCCUAUGGUUCUGUGAUCACAAUGAAGAACCUUCGGAUGGCAGGGGGGUACCUUCAUUCACACUGGCACUUGUACCCCGAGGGUGUGGGGGCUCGUCAGCAGCAGGUCACUGCCUAUUUACACAAGGACUUGAACAACCUGUGGGUUAUAAAGAAACAUGAUUCCAACACAGCAGAUCAUUUAGAUCCUUCCUGCUCUGUGGAGUUUGUGAGGCAUGGAGAUGUUAUUCGGCUGGAGCACAAAGAGACUUCUAGAAAUCUUCACAGUCACCAGCAUGAGGCCCCCAUGACAAGGAAGCACCUUCAGGUCACUGGAUACGGAAUAAAUGGAACAGGAGAUGCCAACGAUUUUUGGCGGAUUGAGGUGGUGGGCAGGAAGGCUGGGAAACGCAUUAAAGUCCUACGGAGUCAGAUCCGACUGACCCAUCUGGCCACAGGAUGCAUACUUGGGUCCUCUGGGAAGACGCUGCCAAAAUGGGGCUGGGAACAGGUGGAAGUCACCUGCACUCCAUAUGUGAAGGAGACUCCCAAUGCCCUUUGGAAUGUUGAAGAUCACAUCAACCCCAAGUUGCCUAAUAUCAGUCUGGAUGUUCUGAAACCCUCCUUCCCAGAGAUUCUCCUGGAGUCCCACAUGGUUAUGAUCCGGGGAAACAGUGGCCUCAAACCAAAGGAGAAUGAAGUCACAUCCAAGCCUUGGCACUGGCCCGUCAACUACCAGGGCCUGCGUUUCUCUGGAGUCAACGAAACAGAUUAUCGAGUUUAUUUGCUGGGGAACCCGGUGGUCUGGUGGCUGAAUCUGGUCACUAUUGGAUUGUACCUUCUAAUGGCAACUUGCGCUAUUGUGGCCAUGAAGAGGGGAGUUCAGCUGACAGCUGAAUUCAAAGAGCUCUCUGAAGUCUUGCUACAUAGUGGAGGGAAGAUCAUGCUGGGCUGGCUCCUCCAUUACCUCCCUUUCUUCAUGAUGGGCAGAGUCCUCUACUUUCAUCAUUACUUUCCUGCCAUGCUUUUCUCUAGCAUGUUGACAGGAAUUACAUGGGACACGUUGCUGAAGUUCUGUGCUGGGCGCUUGUCCUGCUCCAUGGGGAGGAGGGUGUAUACAUAUGGGACGCUGGCACUAAUGUUGCUCAUUGUGUACAGCUUCUACCUCUUCCAUCCUCUGUCCUAUGGGAUGGUGGGACCUAUGGCUUCAGAUCCCAACAGCCCAAUGGCAGGGCUCAGGUGGCUGGAAUCAUGGGAGUUCUAGAGCCAGCGGCAGGAGGCAGCCUGGAACAAGGGAAUAAGAAACACAAGAAGUAUCAAGUGUCAAGCUGACUCUUGGGCACUUUGAGUCAAAUUGCUGUGAAGCACCACUCUGGAGAACUUCGGAGAAUCUGCUCCCCAUAGUAGCCCAUUGUCUCAUCACUGGUUUGCACAGUCUGAGUCUUGGCAGAGGAUGACCACAAGAAAGACCCUCUGAGUAAGACUCCAGCCAUAGGUCCAGUAGAUUCUAUUUCCGAGGCCAGAUACUGCUCAGAAAGAAGACCUGGGUCCUCCGAGCAAUGUGUCUUAGAAUUUUUGCAGUCAUACUUUGGCCUUGCUUUGGCCUGUCUAGCAGCCACACUGGUGUGAUUUGGAGGAGUAUGUGUUUAUAUCUGUUGGAGGGUGAGGUUGCACACGUCUGUCUUUGUCUCUGUUCAUAUGAAAAUCACUUGAUUGCAGGAAAGAACUGACUGUAGAAAGCACAGUGUCCUGAGACAUUAAGGAUCUUUUCAUAUUUAAUAACUUUUAUUAGUGGUGUUUUAUAUAUAUUUUGGAGAAUGUCUGGGAACCGCCCUGUCCUAGCCAUUUGCAUUUCACUGAUCUGAUGCUGUGUUUCUAGUACCUGGCCGAACUGAAAGUCUCUCAGUGGCUUGAACCCUCCAUAAGCCAUUGUGCCUUGCCUGUCUCCCAGGCCCUUUGCAAACAGAAGGAUUGUUUAUCCUUGCAUAUCCCCUUGCUUUCAGGCCACCUGUAACCACUUAUAAUAAUCACUGUGUAGCUACCUGGCAAACCUCAUGACAGCUCAGAGCCAGACAGUUCCAGUUCAUCAGUCUUGCAAUUCUGCCACAAGCUGCUAAGACGCUCCAAAGAUAAUUACAGUGAGAGCAGCAAGUUUCUUUUAUUGCUUGUCUUGGGUUCUUUGAUGGAAGGGCCAGCCUCUUUGGGGAUGCACAGAUAGGGAACCCUUGCUGACAGCUGUCAUUCAUCCUUUGAUACCAGCAGUUCUACUGCCAGUAACUCUGCGUUGUGUGAGGAAGCUAAGACUUAGCAGUCACUGGAAUCUGCAAAGCCUGCUGCUAGUUCUGGGGUAUUUAACCACUAAUAUUCCUCUGCUGAAGGCAGGUUUCUUCUAAUGGGAAACUGCACUUCUUGUUACUAUGAUAAACUGCCAGGCAAAUGAGAAGCGGGGAGUGGAGGGAGAGAGAGAAAGCAGAACAAAAACUCUUUGCUUGUCUGGUGAAGAGAGCUCUCUGAUGCUGAAUCCAUCCCUUCCCAGGCAGUGGGGGUGGGUGGGAAGGGACCUGGUCCUCAAACAGGUGUGGGGAAGCUUUUUAAUGAGGUAUCUAUUCCUUUCUUCCUUCCUCCAAAUGUUCCUUUUGUUCCACUUCUUUCCCCU